AUGACACCACCGAACCCUCUCGCUGACUGGGAAAGAGUUGGAGACCAGUUUUAUAGAAAGUCUCGAAUAUAUGACGCUGUGUUUGAUGAAGACGUUGAGUUGGAGAAUUACAUCGCCGUAGGUGCUCCAUACGGCGGUGCUAUAGCCCUUUACCGAGACGACCGAAGGCUACAGCGAUACAGAGAUGCCCAGACUUCCAAGUCGAGUAUUGACAUUUAUUCAUGUUCUGGACACCGGAUCUGUCGCAUUAAUUGGGAUCAUGGGUCUAUUCGUGGCUUAGGAUGGUCUGACGAUGAGAAAUUGCUAGCCAUCACUGAAGAUGGGACAGUCAGGUGUUAUUAUGGUCUCAGCGGAGAUUUUACACCGUUCUCGUUAGGGUCGGCAGCAGAAGAGUACGGCGUGGUUGCGUGUCGAUUUUGGUCGACUGGAUUCGUUGCCUUGUUAUCAAAUAACCAGCUUGUAGCAGUAUCUCAUUAUGAUGAGCCACGUCCGAAGCUGCUUGCCCAAUCGCCUGAGGGUGGGAUUAGCUCAUGGUCGUUAAUUCCCCCUAACUACACCCUUUCCCGAUCAGUUGAGGUCUUGCUUGCCAUAGAUAAGACCAUCUAUGUUGUGGAUGAGGCCGACUCCGAGGAUCGCAUGUUACAGAACGGGCCCUUCAAACAGGUUAGCGUAUCACCAAAUGGACUUUUUGUUGCAUUGUUUACUGGUGAUGGAAAACUAUGGGUGGUUAGCAGCGAUUUCCAGAACAAAUUCGGCGAGUACGACUCGCAAGCCAAAACGCCUCCCGGCUCCGUAACAUGGUGUGGAAAUGAUGCUGUUGUUCUUGCCUGGGAAGAUGAAGUCCAUGUGGUUGGGCCAAACGGCGCUGCAGCAAGAUACUUUUACGAAGGCCAAGUUCAUAUAAUUCCAGAUAUUGAUGGCAUUAGGAUCUUGACAAAUGAUGUAUGCGAGUUCCUGCAUAAGGUGCCUGAUGCGACCGAGGAAGUUUUCCGGCUUGGAUCAAGCGCACCAGCCUCUGUUUUGCUUGACUCAGUUGAGCAGCUUGAAAAGAAAUCUUCUGCUGCUGAUGAGAAUAUUCAAAGGAUUCGCACCAACCUGGUCGAAGCGGUUGACACAUGUGUUAGAGCAGCCGGGUACGAAUUUAAUACUCAUUGGCAAAAGCAGCUACUCAAAGCAGCAUCCUUUGGAAAAUCCAUCCUAGAGCUUUAUAAUAGUGAUGAGUUUGUCGAUAUGUGUGAAAAGCUCCGUGUCCUAAACGCUGUCCGUGACUAUAAGAUUGGCCUACCGAUCUCAUACGAACAGUAUAUACGGCUCACCCCCGAAAAGCUCAUCGAACGCCUAAUAAAUCGCCGAGAAUACCUUCUCGCUAUACGCGUUUCUGAGUAUCUACAUCUCCCCGCUGACAAAAUCUUCGUCCACUGGGCAAUUCAGAAAGUCAGAUCAUCCACAGAAGAUGAUGAUACAAUUUGCCAAAUAGUUGUACAGCGACUCCAAGGAAAACAGGGAAUAUCUUUCGAAUCAAUUGCACGAUCAGCUCAUGAGGAAGGCAGAUCGCACCUUGCAACGCAGCUACUAAAUUAUGAACCACGCGCAGGUAAACAAGUCCCGUUGCUUCUCAGCAUGGAGGAAGAUAGUGUCGCCCUCGAUAAGGCAACUGAGAGCGGAGACACGGACCUUAUCCUAUUUGUGCUUCUACAGCUUAAACGGAAACUUCCCCUGGCUACUUUUUUCCGGACACUUAAUAACCGGCCCGUGGCUUCAGCUUUGGUGGAGGCAUCGGCGAAGUACCAAGACGAAGAGCUUUUAAAAGACCUUUAUUAUCAGGAUGAUAGAGCGAUUGAUGGUUCAAACAUCCAUCUAAGAGAUGCUUUGAAACAGACGGAUUUGCACAACAAAACAGAUAAGCUACGCGUUGCCGGAAGAUUGCUGUCAGAUUCCAAAGACAGUGCCAUCCAGGCCCAGCUCAAAACCCUGAAUGAUGCAGCCCAUCUUUUGAAGGUUCAAGAUGGGUUGGAUAGAGAUCUUGCGGAUAGUAACGACCUGUUCAUGGGUCUGAGUGUUAAUGAAACCAUUUACAGACUGAUUCGCUCCGGCUAUGGCAAGCGUGCCAUCAAGAUCCAGAACGAUUUCAAGGUGCCAGAAAAGACCUAUUGGUGGUUGCGCCUGAGAGGUCUCGUGGCGAAGAGAGACUGGGGUGAACUAGAAGAACUGAGCAAAGGCAAAAAGUCUCCUAUCGGAUGGGAGCCAUUUUACAACGAAAUCCUCGGAGCAGGAAACACAAAGCUUGCGUCCAUAUUCAUCCCCAAAUGUGCGUCGUUGACAGUUUCUGAGCGGAUCGACAUGUGGAUGAAGUGCGGGAUGGUAACUAGGGCUGGCGAAGAAGCCUUGAAGGCAAAGGACCUAAAAGCUCUUGAGAAUCUUAGAGCUCGCAUUUCUGGCAAUGCGGUCCUUGAGAUUGACCGCAUGAUCAACCAGUUGAAACCAAAGCGAUGA